AUGGGCGUGCUUAAAUUCUUGUCAGCCCUCCAACGGAAGGUCGAACCGAAGGAGAUAGUAGAGAAAGGGCUCAUGUUCGUAGAUGCGACAAUAAAUUCUCGGCCGAGCAGGAGCACUCUGAUAGAUUCAGGAGCGACCCACAACUUCAUCGCCAAUCAAGAAGCCCGAAGAUUGGGACUCACCAUAGGAAAGGACUUGAGGAAAAUGAAAGAUGUCAACUCUGAGGCCUUGCCUAUUGUGGGAGUUUCCAAAAGAGUCCCCUUCAAAAUAGGGGAUUGGACAGGAGAGCUAGAUCUUGUCGUAGCUCGCAUGGACGGCUUUGACGUGGUACUUGGGAUGGAGUUCCUCUUAGAACAUAAAGUUAUCCCAAUGCAGCUGGCAAAAUGCUUGAUGAUCACCGACCGCAACCCCACAGUAAUACCUGCAAGCAUCAAGCAACUAGCGACCACUGAAGAAACUGUCUCAAUUGAAAUCAAGGAGGUACUAAACAGCUAUGUUGACAUAAUGCCAGAGAGCUUACCCCAAACAUUACCACCUCAUCGAGGCAUUGAUCACGAAAUCGAACUCAUCCCCGGGGUUAAACCGCCAGCGAAGAACGCAUAUCGGAUGGCUCCGCCUAAGCUAGCCGAAUUAUGGAAGCAACUGGAUGAGUUGCUGAAGACGGGAUUCAUCCGCCCGACAAACGCACCCUAA